AUGGGCAAGGUGGGAGAGUGCAUCAUCCCUGGAAAGGAGACUCCAACCAAGUCACUCGACAUUGCUUCCGCAUCGUUUGAUAGAGGGUGGAACCAAGAGCGUUACCGGAACGGAGCGCACUGGGUCAAGUUACUUGACGAAGUUAGCAAGCAUGUGGCACGGCCGGCCCCGAUCUAUGAGCCGAUCGUUCGUGAUCCGUGUAUGCGAUCGACGCCCAACAAGUCUCGGUCCAUGAACUACCCUUUUGGCGAUGAUACCCAGGUCUUCACCUCAAGGGAUGUGCUCCUCGCCGGCUUCCCGUCGAGACAGGCCCAGAUGGUCUACGUUGAGCACUACAUGGACGCGAUCGAAGCAGCGUACUGCUUGUUUGACAACGUCUCGCUUCACGACGAAAUCUCGGCCUUCUGGGACAAAGCCUCAGAGACACCUGACGACUGGCUGGCGCAGUACUGCACAGUCCUGUCCCUUGGCUGCCAAGCUCACAAUUUCGUAUCCCGGUGCGGCCCCGAGGAAAAGAUGCCGGGCCAACUCUUGCAAGCCGCCGAGGCUUUUCUCCGACGGUCUCCGUUUCUGUUCCGGCCUACACCGGCCACCAUCCGUGCGCUGUGCCUCAUGGUCAUCGCCAAACAGGUGUACGCCAUGUCUUGUCACGAAGCCGACACGUGCUGGCCCCUGACGGGCAUGACACUGCGGCUGGCCAUGGGCAUGGGCCUGCACCUUGGCCAAGAGGAUGCGCAGCGGAGGCUCUGGGCUGCAGUCGUCUACUUCGAGAUGAGACAGACACUUGUGUGCGGUAUGCCCUGUAUGCUGCGGAGCGUAGACCUGGCGUCUUCAAAGGACUAUGGCGGUUUUGCAGAUAUUGUUCUGGGUAAUCUUGGCCAGCUCCUGCUCCGUGCUGUCUAUAUGGCUACUUCAGACGAGGACACCGGUGUCACUUACGACGAGGUGGUACAGCUUGACUUUGAAAUCCGUCAGCAUCUACGAGGAUGCAGCGCAAACCAAGUAGUACAGGCUGACAUGCUGAUCCGACAGACUCUCAUGGCCCUCCACUCACGCUUUGCGCUGCGUCCAUCUGCGCCGACAGAGUACCCAGUAUCUCACGUCUCGCUGUUCGAGAGCGCCCUAUCAACACUCUCGCACCAGCGAGCUCUCUGCGAGGGCCCAUCAUCAACGUCGCCGAGGGCGUGGUUUGCGGGCUUCUUUCGGCACGAGUUCUUUACCGCCGCCAUGUCUGUGUGCUCGCAGCUCGUGAACGGGGGCUUACCGAGGGAUGAUCGGUCUAUACAUGACUCACAUGGCAUUAUGCUCGAUGCAUUGCGGUCGUGCAGAGAUGUGUGGAGCAAGGAGAGAUGUGCGUCUGCGUGUAACGCGAAUGCGUGGGCUAUUGUGGACAAGCUGGUGCGCCUUCUCGAAGAUUAG